AUGUGGCACUGGCAAAUAUUGCGCACCUUGAAAUGUAUCCAUAAUUGUUUUUUGACCUUCUAUGUUACUGGUUUUGAUAUGUGAAGCUAUUUCCUGAAAGAUGAAGAGAAUGUGUUCUUUCCAGCCAACUUUGUUGUACGUCGGAUCGUGGUCAGCCAUGAGAUACCGACGGGAUCGGAGUAUCUGAAACGUGGCUUAAUCGCGAUCCGUGUACGACUGUGGCUGAAAUGUCGAUGUCGUUAUCGUGGCACUUGUGACAGGAAUCACAAUCCUUCCACAAUCUCACUCAUCAAUGCCAGGAAGAAAAAAAGCCUCGACCAAACCCUCUUAGGUGCUUCGGUAUCCAACGGACCCUAGUCGCAACUCUCAAGACGGCCUUCAAACUUCCGGAAAGUCUAGCCCAGUUCUAGAAGGUCUCGGGGAGUAUCCGUCCGGGUAAAAUCGUAGCGCGACGGUACACACACAUAAGCCAUUUCCUACCAAGAAAAGCGGGAUUCAGCCCCGGAGCUGAUUUGUCGGGGAAGAUGGGCUGGCCCUACCAAUUCAUCGACCUCGACGCCGAGCAGAAACACGCCAGGCGUCAGGCUCUCGAUAGAUACGCCGCCUAUGCUCAGCUUUCCGCAUUGGUUCCCAUUGCUCUAGUCCUGCUCUUCCGGUUCGUCUCAUGGCUGGUAAAACGGUUUUCGCCGGAACGGCAGCGCGGAGUUUACGAGGCUGUUCCGGCUUCUCCGGCUUUGAAGCAGAGGAGACGGAGCACUACGGGCGUCUGGGUUAGCACUUUUCGAAGGUUCGUGUGGUGGCUAGGCGAUGAUGUUACCUUCCUUGGGGUGAGUUGGGGACAGCGAGAUCAGAUAUUCGUUGGUUUCGCGUGGACUGUUUGGCUCGUGUUUUUGUCUAUGAUAGGAACUGGAAAUGAUUAUCUUCACCUGACAAAGCGAUUUGGACAAGUCGCGCUGUCACAAUUUCCCUUGCAAUACUUGAUGGCGCUUAAAAGUUUGAAUCCUAUUGCUUUCGCAUUCGGAUCUUCCCAUGAGCAAGUCAAUAGAUGGCAUCGUGUUCUUGGUUGGGUCAUUUACAUCUUGCUCUUCGCACAUGCAUGUCUGUACCUCAACUUCUACGUUCAGGAGGGCAUCCUGACUGAACGACUUGUCCGUCUCAUCCCAGCACUUGGUCUUGCCUCGAUUAUCGGCAUGAGUUUCAUGAAUGCCACUGCCAUUAAGCUCAUUCGCCAGUACUCGUACCGUGUUUUCUUCAUCACACAUCUCAUAGUGGCAAUGCUACUUCCACCAGCCAUUUUCUUCCAUUCCCACCACGGAGGUCGUCAGUAUGUUAUUGAGGCGCUCGGUGUUUUCCUUGUCGAUAUCGCCAAACGCAGGUUCGAUACCGUUACAGCUCCUGCAACCCUAGAGCUUAUCCCCGGGACGAGUCUAGUCAAGAUCGUAGCGGGAAUCCCGUCCAAGAAGAUCGAUCGCUUUCGCAAAUAUCCCGGUAUGCACGUUUACCUGAGCAUUCCGCCUGCAUCUCGUCGUAGCUCUAUCUUUUCGCCAUCCUAUCUUCUUUAUGAAUGCGUAUUCAAUCCGUUCACAAUUGUCGCGGUUGACGAGGAGUCCGGGGAUUUGACUCUAGUUGCGCGACGUCACAGAGGUCCUAUGACUAGAGCCCUAACUCAGUUUGCGGAAGAGGGAUUAGAUGGUACCAAGGUAUCGCUCAAUAUCGAUGGUCCCUAUGGAUGUGCGACAUGGUUCCCAAAUUUAGGAGGCCCAGAGUUCCAACGCGUUCUUUUAGUCGCCGGUGGGGUUGGUGCUACCUUUAUCUUGCCUCUGUACCGAUUAAUUGCGAAUGAAAACCCAGCAGCUCACGUACAGAUGGUCUGGGCAGUCCACGGUGCUGGAGAUGCGACUUGGCCUGUCACCAAUACCACGGAGAGCGUUUUAGACGACGAAAACAUCCACCUAUUCUUAACCGGAAACAUUCUCACAAACACCAGUUCAGUCCCUAGGUCGAGCGACGAAAGCGAAGCAGUAGAAUUAACUAACAUAUCCACCAAUGCCGAGCAAAUUCACAAACGACCCGAUUUACAAAGGAUUGUAGAUGGUUUAUUCCGACAAGGGGUAGAAGAACGAGUUGCUAUAUUAGUAUGUGGUCCGGAAGAGAUGGCUCGUGAAUUAAGAUCGUAUGUUGGACCCUAUGUGAAGAAGGGCCGUGAUGUGUGGUGGCACAAUGAGAAUUUCGCGUGGUAAUACCAAGUUCUUUCUUGGAAUGAUCGAUCGUACCUAUGUAGGCAUAGAAGAUGCCAUACGAUAACUUGAGUUUGAUAUAAGAGUGGGAAAUACCCUAUUGUCUGGUCUGUCUGGUCCGAGCUUCGUCUUUUUUUGGUGAAAAAGUAGAAGGUUCAGCCUUUGCUACUUCCUACUUUUUAGGCCUUUACUUUAGAGAUGACUGAUACUUACACACUUUCGAGGUAGUAACAAUGUGACUCACCUAAAACAAACAUUCUUCAUUUUUAUUGUCAUAAAUCGAAACUUCCAGCAUCUAUUAGACUAGUAC